AUGUCUACAAUGAACAUAUUAACAAAGGGCAUUGAACUAUUUGAACUAAAUGAAUUAUUUUGUGAAAAUAAAAAAUCAUUUUAUCUUUAUAUUGCAAACUAUGCUGCUUCUGAUGGUAAUGAGAACGAACAAGAUAAUAAACCAUUACGUUUCCAUAAAAUAGAAAAUAUGAUUGAUUGUAUUUUUUCACCAAAUAUGUUUUGGAGCUUUUAUAAUGCAAUACUAAAUACAGAUAUUUGUGAUACAAUGGAACAUUAUCAUUGCAAUGACAAGGAUAAAAUAAUUAAACAAAUAUUAUCCUUAGCAUCUGAUUAUAAGUGUCCAACACGUUUACAAGUGAAGCCGUCAGCUUUUGAUACACAAAAACUAUUGAAACGUUAUGGAUUCUUUGAAUUACCACAAAUGAACGAUGAAUAUCAAUAUAUUGAUUUUUAUCAUAGUGAUAAUUUAUUAAAAUAUGAUGACGCCAAGUCCGAUAUAAAAAUAUAUGAACUAGAUGAUUCGACACAAGCCGAUUGUCGAUUGAGAAAAUUAGAAUGGGGUUAUGUUUUAUGUGAAAGUUUCGGAUUUAGAAAUGCUGAAAUUCAUGGACCAUUUUAUGCAGAUGUAUGGAGUCGAGUCGAAGUCGGACCAACUAAACCGAUACGAAUGUUUAUUGCUGUGAAGGAUGAUCGGGUAAUUGGUGGAUGUCACUUAACUUUAGCCAGUGGUAUUGCUUGUUUAUUCAAUGUAACAACGCUGAAAAAUGAACGUGGAAAAGGUAUAGGCAAGGCAUUAUCACUAACAGCCAUGGUAAACGCUAGAGAACUAAAUUAUCGUUAUAUGACGUUGCAGGCAAGUCGUAUGGGUGCACCUAUUUACAAAAAAUUGGGCUUUAAACCUAUUCCAUCACCAUAUAAGUCAUAUGUUAAAAUUGCUACAGCUGCAUGGUAUUACAAAAUAAUCGAAAUGCCACUGGCAAUGUUUGGUAUUCAGCGUUUACAACGACUUAUAAAUAUUAUUCAAAAACUAUCGAAGAAUCUUCUAGUAGUUAUGAUGAUUGUGAUCAUACCUGUGGGUAUACUCAUAGCUAGAAUGUUUAAAUAA